AUGCAGUCGCUGCCCGAAUCUCGACAACAAACAUUCGAGGAAAUCUACGGUCCUCCCGAGAACUUCCUAGAGAUAGAAGUCAAAAAUCCACAAACUCACGGCUCGUCCCCAAGAUCAAUGUACACCUCAUACGAAAUCCACACGCGCACAAACAUCCCAGCCUUCAAGCUGCGCCAUUCUGUCGUUCGCAGGAGAUAUUCCGAUUUUGAGUAUUUCCGCGACAUUCUCGAGAGAGAAAGUGCAAGAGUAACGAUUCCACCACUACCAGGCAAAGUCUUCACCAACCGCUUUUCAGAUGACGUGAUCGAGCAUAGAAGAGACGGACUGGAAAGGUUUCUGAAGAUUGUGGUUGGGCAUCCGCUGCUCCAGACGGGGAGCAAGGUGUUAGGGCCAUUCGUGCAGGAUCCGAAUUGGGAUCGAAACGCGUGGUAG